ACGCUGGGCGGGACGGGAGCCCCAGCCCAGGAGCCUUCGGGGCGCAGCCACUGCAGAGCGAUCCCAGAAAUUUGAUCUGUGAAAACCGAGACGCCAUCUUCAGAGACGCCCAACAUGUGCUCUCCUGGCAGUCCCAAGAUCCUCUACCGGAACCCGCGGUUCCUCCACUUGGCCUUCCUGCAGCUUCAUCAGCAGCAGCAGAGUGGUGUGUUCUGUGACGUCCUGCUGCAGGCAGAAGGUGAGGCCGUCCCAGCACACUGCUGCAUCCUGUCUGCCUGCAGCCCCUUCUUCACGGAGCGCCUGGAGCAGGAGACCCCAGCUCAGGGUCGGAAGGUGGUCCUGGAGCUGGGGGGCUUGAAGAUUGGGACCCUGCGGAAGCUGGUGGACUUCCUGUACACGUCGGAGAUGGAGGUGUCCUGGGAAGAGGCCCAGGAUUUGCUGUCCGCAGCGCGCCAGCUCCGCGUGUCUGAGCUGGAAUCCCUGCAGCUGGAGGGCAGAAAGCUGGUGAAGGCCCCGCAGGGCCGAAGGCUGAACCGCGAGUGCCUGCAGCCCAGCGCUGCGCCCAUUUCUGCCAGAGUGGUAGCCCCCGGCUGCCACCUUCAAACACCACUGCCAGGCACCCAGCCUCCCUGUCCAGGGGCUGUGAGGUCACUGGGCCUUGGAAGGGAGGAGGGUCUCCCAGAGCAGAGCGCCCCACCAAGCUUGGGGAGCACGCCAGGCACGCUGAUGCUGCUGCAGGAAAAGGCCAGGGCCUGCCGGGUCCCAGGGCCGAGCUCUUCCUCGGCCGGCCAGGGUCCAGAGCCCAAGGCAGACAAACAGGGCCCAGCGAGCCAGCCCGCAGCGUUGCUGCCCCGGAAGAUCCGGCUCAGCCGCCCAAAGCCACCUCCCAGCGGCGGCCCAUCGGGUGGACCCAGCUUGGUGCCCACAGCCCCUGGCCGGCGGCUCUGGCGGCAGAGGGCAAACAGAGGAACAGCGGAUGACAGGCGGGAGCCAGACAGGGCCAGUCCUCUGAGAGUGCCCAGUCCCGCUGCGCCCAGUGGGAAGCGGGGCCCAGAGGCCAGGGUGCCCCCAGCUGAGCCCAUGGAGGAGGGGCAGGUGGGGAGGGUGAAGCUGCGGAAGGUGGUCAACGGCACCUGCUGGGAGGUGGUGCAGGAGCCAGCCCCGGCCCUCAGGACCCCUGACCCCAGAGACGGAGCAGCUCCUCCCGGGGUCCCGCUGUCCCCAGGCAGUGAGCAGCAAGGGGCAUCUGCCCGGCUGGCGCUGUACCAGGACUCCCCCGAAAGUGCCGGGGUGCUGGACAUCAUGCUGGCUGCCGGCCACUCCCCAGACCAGCCUGGGCCGGGGCGGCCCUUUGGGUCCAGCCCAGAGCUGCUGGGGAAGGAGCCCAUGCUGAGUGGUAGCCACAGCGAGGACUGCGCCUUCGUGGGGGCCUCGAGCUCCAUGGCCCCCAGAGAGCUGGAGGACAUCCUCGACCUGGUGCUGUGUGGCUCGGACGCAGGACCGCCCAAAAGGUCCCCAGAGAGCCCUGGGCCAGAGGGCUGCAGGACGCCCAGCUACCACCUAAUGGGCGCAGGUGGGGCCUGGAUGGGAGAGGAGUGGUGCUUGCCAGACCUGGAACUCUGGUCCGGGGAGCUCACGGGGCUGGAGAAGGAACCUGCUGGGGAGAACAAAGAGCUGGCCCGGGCGUGGAUGCCAGGUCUUGACGCCGCCACCUCCCAGCCACCAGAUGCAGAGGCAGACAGACAGCACGUGGGCUCCCCGGGAAACCCCUUGACGCCAGGCUCCAGCUGGGCAGAGGGUGGGCUGGAGCUGUGCCCCGCUCCAGGGACAGGGCCUGACCCGCCCACUGCCAGCUCCGAGGACGAGAUUGAUGUAGUGAACUGGGCAGCAGAGGCCACGCUGGUGCCUGCCAGUACCCACUCAGUGUGGCCCGACCCCUCCUCAGAGUCCGAAACAGAGGUGGAUGUGUUGACCUAGCAGAGGGGAGUCUGGAUGGCCGGGCCCUUCUGCAAAGCCUGCAGCACUGCAGCUCAGCCCCUGGCUCUGGGAUCCCACCCUAGGCCUCAGGAGCCAGGUGAAGUCCGGGGAGUACUGCGGCUCAAAAGGUAGAAACUUGAAGCGUCUCAUACUGUUUUCCAGUUAGUGACAAGUCAGUGAACUGUCCCCGGUUCAGGCGGGCCGCAGGUACCAGGGAGACGGCUAGUCUGGCCAGUGGAGGAGCA